UUAUGCAAAAAGAGUAACAAGUUAAUGUACUUCCCCUUAGAUUGUGAAUUAUCUAUCAUAUGUCUAUGCAACUUAAUGUUAAUCACUUGUUUUUUACAUUAUUCAUCUAUCAAUUUGUUUUUCCAAUCACUUAAUCUAUAUGCCAACCACUCAUUUGGAUAAUUUUACUUGUGCAGGAGGGAAUUUGAAGUUUGCUAAUGGAAUGAAUGAAGCAAGUUGGUGUGUUGCAAAGCCUUCAGCAAGUGAACGUGCACUCAAUCUGAACAUUGAAUAUGCUUACAAUAUGUUGGGUGAUUGCAAGAUGAUUCAAUCAGGUGGAUCAUGUUUCUACCCGAACACACCAAUGAACCAUGCAUCUGCUGUGAUGAAUCACUACUAUGCAAACAAUGGAAGAAACCUUUGGAACUGCAACUUCUCAAACUCUGCUCUCAUUGCUGUCACUGAUCCAAGUUAUGGGAGCUGCAACUAUGCUUAGUGGGAAUGCUACCGUGGAAGGUGGAAGGUCAAAGGUGGAAGAAAUAUAUAUAUUAUCUUAUUGCAUAUGUAUUUUAGUUAAU